AUGGAUUUCAACCCUCGGGCCUGGUAUCGCGUAACUUCAGCAGCGGCCAUGGGGUCCCAGCUAUCUAUGGUUGGGACAUUCCCUUACCUUAAUGGCGAUGAGGGCUUUGUAACAUACGGAAGCUCUGAUAACAGUGUACCGGCACAACAAUGGCAGUUCUUCCCCAUUGGUAACUCGACGUAUAUGCUGAGAACGAAGUCUUCGGGGCCGAACGGUUACCUGGCGACUAAGAUCAUCGAUGAAACCCGCGGAGAGAUCAUUCCCCGAAUAUACAAUCAUCCUAAGACAGAUAGCAGGAUGGCUUGGAAGGUGCUUCCAUGGGGCGAUGGGACUUUCUACUUUAGCAAUAGCGCCAAUGGCGGGCCACGUCGGUUGGACUUCACAGCUUCCGGAAGCAUGGCGAUGAGCAGGAACAGCACACAACCUCAACCUGGUGAGGCCUUCUCAUUUGUCAGGUUGCAUGAGAUCAAUGAUCUUGCUUUCUCCGCUGUCGAU